GACUCCCGGCGUGCCCCGCGGCCCAAGGCCAGAAGGGCCCGGAUCCGGAACCGGAUGAGGCUUGCUGCCCCAGUGCCCGCAGCGCUGGGGAAAUGGCCACGGGAACAGACCAGGUGGUGGGACUUGGCCUCGUCGCCGUUAGCCUGAUCAUCUUCACCUAUUACACCGUCUGGGUGAUUCUCUUGCCAUUCAUCGACAGUCAGCAUGUCAUCCACAAGUACUUCCUGCCCCAAGCCUAUGCCGUUGCCAUCCCACUAGCUGCCGGCCUCCUGCUGCUCCUGUUUGUGGGCGUGUUCAUCACCUACGUGAUGCUGAAGAAUCAGAAGGUGACCAAAAAGGCUCAGUGAAGGCCCAGCAGGGAUGAGGCUGCCGGCCCCUUCUCUGCUUCUUCUCCAGGGCAGACCAAGGGUGGGGGCCCAGAGGACCCAUCCAGGCACUGAGGGCCCCUCAAGCCUGGCUACCCUGCAGACACCCUCGUGGGAUGGAGCUGUUCAGGACUCACCCCUGACUGACCAGAGCCCCUGCUCACCCUUCCAGAAGCCAGGAGGGAGGGGUCCCUGGAAGUCUCCCUCUCACCCUCUUCAGGUUCAGGGCCUGGAAAAUGCUGGUCCUCCCCACCUCACUUUUCAGGCUCCCUGUCGCUUUUUCCUCUGGCUUCUACACUCUUGCCUCAGUUUCCCUCAUGUCACAUGCUGUUGCUGGACUUGGCAGGUUCUGGGGCAUCAUGUGACCUCUCCCCCCAUGUCCUGCUCCUCCACAAAGGCAGCUUUCCCAGGUCUGACAUACCCCAGACCCCACAAGGAUUUCUGGACCUGGAAAGCCUAGGGGGAGGCCUGACAGGCCCCAGAGCACAUUAGGGUGGCCACACGGGGGGCCCCUGGAUUGACCGCUUCUCAUGGAGGCCCAGCCCCCCAGCCUCAGUGCUGGCCUGUUGGGGAGAGCUGAACAAUAAACGUUGAUGGUGUGUU